UGGAUUCUGUCUUUCAGUUAAUCUGUCUGUGCAUCGUGCGGCAACGUGAUCUACACCGUGCGAUUGGCAUAAAGAAACAAUUUUAUAAGGUUGAUAUUAAUUGUUAUUGAUCUUUUUCGCGACGAUGGCGGAGAAGGAUAAUAUAUUAUACAAAUUCAUGAAUACCAUGUUCUACGUGUUGGAUACGCCGGUAACUUACGUCCGAGAGAAAAUUGUAGUGCCGAACCAAAAGAAAUAUCCGUGGUAUCAUCAACAGUAUCGUCGCGUGCCGACGAUCGACGAAUGUUAUACGGACGACAUAGUUUGUUAUACCGAGGCAAAUUGUCAAUUCGAACGCGACAAACAAGUAGAAGAUGAAAUUCUAACAAUUCUGAGAAAUCGUUUCGAACAGUGCAUUUUCUAUCACGGCAAGGAUAGACACUUCUGCGAUGAGUUGAAAAAGACUUAUGAUGAUGCAGCUGUCGCUUGGUUUAUUAAAUAUGGUGAAAUGGGAAUAGGCUUGAAUGUAAAAAAUGCAUAUAUGAAGCAGAAACAUCGUAUGAUCUGGGAACGCCGUCAUGGUCCAGUAGGUACCGGUAUGAAAGGGCAAGCGACUGAAGCAUAGCAAUUUGCAGUGGCAUCGUAGAUGACAAUUUAAUGGCAAACGCAUUCACAAUAUUAUGGAUGUGAAUCGCAGGUUUGCUUGCAACAUGUACAGAUGUGUUGUGAAUUAAGAAAACGGCGGGAUAAUAAAAGUAAAAAAAUUUAUCAGAA